UCUGCCGUUAGGGCACCCUCUUCCCUUGCUCCACACCGGCUCUCCCGUCAGCCUCCACGUGCUGUUGUGUGUGCGCUCCCCAGGUUUCUUUAAAAGUGAAGAUUUCGUCGGAUUUCCUAGUUAAGUUGCUUUUACAGAAUUAACAGGUCUCCAAGAAAUAAUAAAAAGGUCAUUAUUGCUGUGAUUUGAGCUCAGCAUGGCUGUAGUCAUCCGUUUACUGGGGCUUCCUUUUAUUGCUGGGCCUGUGGAUGUUCGUCACUUUUUCACGGGAUUGACUAUUCCUGAUGGAGGAGUGCAUAUAAUUGGAGGGGAAAAGGGGGAGGCUUUUAUUAUUUUUGCAACAGAUGAAGAUGCAAGACGUGCCGUAAGUCGUUCUGGAGGGUUUAUCAAGGAUUCAUCUGUAGAGCUCUUUCUUAGCAGUAAGGCAGAAAUGCAGAAGAUUCUAGAAAUGAAAAGAACUGAUCACAUAGGAAGAGAGCGGCCAGGAUCUGGGGCAUCAAGGGUUGGCUGCUUAAGUAAUUUUGUUGAGGAUGUUAAAGAAGAAGCAAGUAAUUCUGGAUAUGGCUCUCCGAUUAAUCAAGAUGCUGGGUUUCAUGCUAAUGGUACAGGACAUGGUGAUUUAAGGCCAAGAAAGACACGGCCAUUGAAGGCUGUGAAUCCUUACUUGUUUCUACGAGGUUUGCCUUACGUAGUAAAUGAAGAUGAUGUACGUGUCUUUUUUUCUGGUUUGUGUGUGGAUGAAGUAAUUUUCUUAAAACAUGAUGAUGGCCGAAAUAAUGGUCAUGCCAUGGUAAAAUUUGCUUCAUGUAUUGAUGCUUCAGGAGGUCUUAAAUGUCAUAGAAGUUAUAUGGGUUCCAGAUUUAUAGAAGUAAUGCAAGGCUCAGAACAACAGUGGAUUGAUUUUGGUGGUAGUUCAGUUAAGGAGGGUGACAUUCCUGUGAGAACUGAAGAACAUUCUCCACCAAGAGGAAUCGAUGAUAGACAUUUUCGAAAACGAUCUCAUUCAAAAUCUCCCAGAAGAACACGUUCUCGUUCCCCUCUCGGGUUUUAUGUUCACUUAAAAAACCUGUCCCUAAGUAUUAACAAAAGAGAUAUAAGGAAUUUCUUUAGAGAUACUGAUCUGACUAAUGAACAGAUUAGGUUUUUAUAUAAAGAUGAAAGAAGAACAAGAUAUGCCUUUGUGAUGUUCAAGACUCUGAAAGACUAUAACAGUGCUCUGGGUUUACAUAAGACUGUUUUACAAUAUCGUCCAGUUCUUGUUGAUCCAAUUUCUAGAAAACAAAUGUUGAAGUUCAUUGAAUGUUAUGAAAAGAAAAGACCAGCAUCAAUAGAGAAAGAGAAGCUUGGACGUGUUUCACAAAAAUACUCUCAAGAAGGCUACUCUGGCCAGAAACUGUGCAUAUAUAUAAGAAAUUUUCCAUUUGAUGUUACAAAAGCUGAAGUGCAAAAGUUCUUUGCAGACUUCUCUCUUGCUGAGGAUGACAUUUACUUGCUUUAUGAUGACAAAGGAGUUGGUCUGGGAGAAGCAUUGGUGAAAUUCAAAUCAGAAGAACAGGCCAUGAAAGCUGAACGUCUAAAUCGUCGAAGAUUCUUGGGGACAGAGGUAUUGUUAAGACUCAUAUCUGAAGCACAAAUGCAGGAGUUUGGUGUAAAUUUUUCCAGUAAGAGAAGGCAAGACCAUUCACAGUCAUGUGAUAGAGAAGACCCUGCCCAUUCCUUUGACUCAAAUGACCCACCAGGAUACACAAGGGGCCAUUCUGUAAACUUUAGGCAUCAGGACAGUUUCAAGCAUGCCCAGGGGGAUUUCCAGCGGCCCGAGCGGUGCCCUCCAGAAGACCUCAGGCGCUCCCCAGAGGACCUCAGGCACCGGCGAGAGGGACAUUUCCGGAGGCCUCCCGAGGAGGACUUGAGACGGCACUGGGAGGAUUUCAGGUACCAUCGGGAAGAGGGCUUAAGUCACCCCAGGGAGGAGGACUGGAGGCGGCCACCAGAGGACGAUUUCAGGCCUCCUAGGAGGGACUUGAGACGAUCCCCCGAGGACUGGAGGUGGCCCUCGGAGGAAGACCGGAGGCGACCUCCCCAGGGCGAGUUCAGGCGGCCACUGGAGAAGGAUUGGAGGGGCCCCCCGGAGGAGGAUUGGAGACGACCCCCCGAGGCUGACUUCAGGCGGCUUCCCCAGGGGGAGUGGAGGCGCCGACCCAAGGAGGACCUCAGGCGGCCCCCGGACGAGGAUUUCAGGCGGCUCAGGGAGGAAGACUUCAGGCAGCCUUCGGAUCAGGACUUCAGGCGGACUCCCGAGGAGGAUUUCCGGGGUUCUCCUGAGGAGGACUUGCGGCGGCGGCGGCCCCAGGAGCACUUCCGGAGGCCGCCCCAGGAGCACUUCCGACGGCAGGAGCCUUUCCGGAGGCCGCCCCCGGAGCACUUCAGGCACCCCCUGGAGGAGGAUUUCAGGCGCCCCCGGGAUGAAGACUUCCGGCGCCUUCCGGAUGAAGACCUUAGGCACCCUCGUGAGGAGCACUUCCGGAGCCCCCAGGAGGAAGAUUUCAGACGCCCUGCUGAUGAGGACUUCAGGCGGCUCCCGGAGGAAGAUCGCGGGGAGGCUCCGGAGGAGGACUCGAGACUUCUGGACCAUUUCGGGCCGCCCGGGGAGGAGUUCCGGAGCCCACCCGAUGAUUUUAGAAGUCAUCGUCCUUUUGUGAAUUUUGGUCGCCCAGAAGGUGGCAAAUUUGAUUUUGGAAAGCGUAACGUGGGAAGUUUUCCUGAGGGGAGAUUUAUGCCUGAUCCAAAGUUAAAUUGUAGUUCAGGUAGAAUAACACCUAUUAAAAUAAUGAAUCUUCCAUUUAAAGCUAAUGUUAAUGAAAUUCUAGACUUUUUCCAUGGUUAUAGAAUUAUACCUGAUUCAGUUAGGAUACAGUAUACUGAGCAAGGAUUACCUACAGGGGAAGCCAUUGUUGCUAUGAUAAACUAUAACGAAGCCAUGGCUGCUAUUAAAGAUUUAAAUGACAGGCCAGUUGGCCCGCGCAAGGUUCGGUUAAUUUUGCUCUAGAGAGCACUUUCGAAGUCGGAGUUACCUCUUCCCAGUAUUGAUACAGUAAAAUGCUUUCAUGUUUUUUUAAAAAGUGUUUAUUUUAAUUAUCUAAUGAAACCAUUUAAAAUUGACCUGUGACUAGAACAAAUGUAAGUAGUAGAAUGUAAGUCUAGUUUUCUUUUGCUUGCAAAUUGUCGUUUUUUUCUAAUUAAAAUUAUAUGGUUUUCUUUUGUUUUUUUGGUUGUUGUUGAUUGACAGUAGGGAAGAGGACUAAUUCCCUGAGUGCAUUAGUUUUUUUGUUGAUAUCCUGGGUAAACCUCAAGACCUGUAUGAAGUAGAGCUGUAUUUGAAUAAGAUACAUUUUAUAUUCACUUUUGUUUGCAUUCUGUAGUCUGCAUCUUUUACUAAAAAAUGUAUAAGGAAAUGGUCAGUAACUGGUUGUUCAGGUUUAACAUUUUCAUGGGGACUGCCUGCAGAAUUAAUGCCCUCUUUCUUGUCUGAGAUAUUACUGUUAAGCUUCCCAUUAUCAAUACUUCAAAGUGAACAUACUGUGAACUUGAAAUUUAGUUAUGUAAAAAAGUUAGGAGAUUCUUAGUUUCUAUGUUCAUAACUUGAAAAGUUUUAUAAAAAUAAAAAAAUUAAAACUGGAGAGACCAACUAAUUAACUUGUAUUUGUAUAAAAGGUAAAAAGAAUUACAGCUUCUUUUGUGAAGUUUUUCAGCAGCUACAUUAAAUAUUUAUAUUAGUGCA